AUGCCUUGUGGCUGGUGGUUGGUGGCUGGUGGCUGGUGGCUUGGAGACGAUGACGUAGGAGGGACCGCAAAGGGCUCGAAGGGUCCAGCCCUUGCUACCGAUCCCCCUACCGACCGCCCCGUCGACGUCAACAGGACCUCUACUUCAGCUUCGUCUUUCGAAUUCAAGAUCUGGUCAGUCAUGGCCCAGACAACUACCGUGAUGCCUACGGGCCCGAUCCAGGAUGCUGCUGCCAGGCCUCUUCCUAAAAACCCGUCCAAGCUCGAGGACCAAGCUGCUAUAGCCGCCCUCUAUGUCACCAAAUACGACAAGCCUAACCAUUCCAACAAAUCAAAAAAUGGCUACGACAUCCUCGACGACGACAACAAACUCUCGUCUGCUGGUGCCGCCGCUUCUCUCAAAUAUGCCAACCCGCAAGAUCUCCCGAGCUACCCCUCUACCGGACUCAAGAAGAACGACACUUCUGCUGCCAGCGCGGCUGCCAGCCGGGGCUGGUCUAACCAGAAGACCUUCCAACACUGGAAGCCAGACCCAUCGGCGCCAGCAGCAGCGGCAGCCUUGCAAGCUCACGACUACAAAAUGCCCCCCCCGUGGCGACCCGAAGCCAGCGCGAACGGCGCAAAGGCAGCACUUUUGGCACACAUAGAUGGAGGCAAGGUCGAGAUCUGGAAGCCAGAGGCGAAGUCUGCGUGGGGACAUUCUGCGGCGACACAAGCUAUGGCGAGCCAUCUUCAGGGCGGCCUAUCCCCCCAAAUCGACUAUGGUCAUACAGAACUUGGCCGCAAAGGAUCACUUCUAGCUGCGACGGGUGCAAUGUCUUCUGACCGAAAGAGGUCAAAAUCGACUCCGAGGGCGGUCCAGAAACCUGAUACGUACCCGGACGAGUCAAAUGCUGCGUCCAAUGCUUUACGCGCGGCCACAUCUGCCUCCAGGGCCAGCAAGAGAAGCGAGCAUUCCGGGGCUGGUUCGGUCCCCUACACUACCAUGGCACGAGAUAUGUUCACUGCUGCGCCUCCAGUCCAGCCAGAGGUAGACGAAAAGAACAGAGCAGAUACCCUGCGUGCGUCUGCCAUCGCUAUGGCUCAGGGUAUGUACACCUACCAACAGAAGCAAAUCGAGCAAACAAAAAGCCAUGCCCAGAGCGGAGCAGCUGCGGCUCAUGGUCAUCGCCGAACUUCUUCAUUGAACUCAAGAGACGAGGCUGCACCAAUGCGCUUCAACAAUUUGCAAGAGGCUGCACAAAGAUUAGCUCAGGAGAAACUGGCCAAGUUUCAUGAUGAGCAUGCUCAAAAUCGUGAGUAUCGUGACUACUACGGCAGCACUCCCCCGAACCCAUCUAGGCUUUCGAUCAGAGGAAGGAAUCGAAACCGUGCCUCUAGCGUGGGUACUUUCGAAAGCGACCAGGAACAGUCCAACAAAAUCCGGGCUCAGAUGUCGCAGUUCUCGUCUAAUCUCACUCAAGUUGAUGCAAAGAAGCGUCAACAAGACCGAGAUAAUCUAAUCAGUGCUGCUCAGCGCAAUGUCACCAAGAGUAUGCACGGCAUGGAUGAGAGGGUGUUUGCCGAUACUGGCAAGAUUGCUCCAUCUCUCCUCAAUGAGUGGGAGGUCAAGGCUCAUGCUGCUGCUCAGGCGAACAGCGCAAGCCGAAUGGAAAAUCACGGUAAGGUUCACAUUGGUGGCGGAAAGUUCGUUGACCAGAGUGAGAUUGACGCUGUGGCCUCCCGAAAUAUUCAACCCGUUCUUGACGAGAUCAACCAGAAGGCUGAGGCAGAGCGCGAGAGACAGGCAGCUCUCAAAUUAGAGCAUGAGACUCAACAGCGCAAGGCCGACGAGAAGAAAGCUCGUGAGAAGGAGCAGAAGGAGACUGAGAAGAAGCUCAGACAAAAAGAUAAGGAGGAGAAGAAGACGGAUGCCGCAGAUGAGAAGCGUGCCACGAAAGAGAGGCGCAAGUCAGUCAAGUCUGGAAUAGGUAUAAUCUCCAGCUUCAGAAAGAAGCCUGAGACCGAAACUAUUGCUGGCUCAGUGGCAGCUGGCGAGACGGAAACUGCCGUCAACCUACCACACAUAGAGGAGUCCACCAUUGCCGAGCGUCGCGAGUCUGCUGCUCCAGCCCCAAUCCGCACUUCGAUGGAAGACCAAGCCAGCAUCCGCAUGCGCGAAGCUGCUGCUGCGAAUGGAGACGUGAUCAUGCCCAAGUCUCCUUCAUCUGCAGGAUCCCCCAAAGAAAAAAACGUCAAGAAUUGGCUGAAGAGAUUCUCCCGUCGCAUGAGCAAGGGUCCGAAAUCCCCUGGCAUGGAGAAAGAGAAAGAGCCUGCUGGAGGUGAUCGUAAGAGCUUCAUCGGAGGCGUGGCUCUGACUGGUGCGAGUGCGAGCAACAGCACUGCCUCCAUUGGUGCAAAUAGCGCCUCUGUUCGCGAUGUCGCUACUGCGACGCCAGCGUCGGUUUCUGCUGCGGCAGCUCCUGCUUCAAAGAAGACUAUUACCGUCGACUCGGACGUUGAUUUUGAAUCAGACGCCAGAACCAGCGCCACGGUCGCGCCAGCAGCCACUGGCCUCCCAACUUCUCCUUCUUCCUCUGCUCCUGCAAACACAGAGACAGCGGGCUAUGAAAAGCGGGGAAGGCGGAUCAGUAAGAAUAGCGUUGUUAGCAGUAUGAGUUGCGAAGACGACGAUGAGUUUCAGGAGGCGAGGGAUAACUUUGAUGAAGACCUCGCACCGCCGCCGACCUUCUCCGCUAAGAGCGCUAGUCCUGCUAGGAUGGCGAAGUUCCACGAGGAAAUCUAA